UUGUGUACUCGGGAGAAAAUUCAAACAUGUUUGAAUUUGUCCAAGAGUGUCUUGUGCACUUGUGGUUGAGCAUUGCAACAUUGUAUGAAUGAAGUGCCCCGUGCGAAAUCCUUAAUAACUCUUGCGGUGACCGUGGGAACUCCUGCGGACGGUGAACCCGGAAGUUGGAUAGAGGGGAGGGAAGGUGAGUAAAAAAGGUGUUCUCAAUGUUGUUAAUUGAACACGUGUCCAUCGAGGACGUCCCACCUCAUUGUCAUUGUUGGUGAAUCUUUUUAACAGGAACACGCAGAGAUGGCUCCCAGAAAAGCUCAGAAAAAGGGGGUAAAGCAUGCCAGAAAUGUUUUUGCCAUGCAGCAGAAUGAGGGGGAGAUGCAGCUAGAGAGACAGGUGGAGAGGCAACAGGAGACGCCAGAUGUAACACUGCCUGAGGGCUCCUUGGAGCAGGGAGAGAGGGAGCAAGGUGUAUGUCAGAUUGCCUCCCCAGUAGCCGUUGUAGGAAUAGCCUCUGCAGACGCUUAUGUGAAGGGAAGGUGGCAGAAGGUAAGGCCAUACAACUUCUCCAGGGAACAAGAGGGGGAACUUGUAGAAUGGUACCAAUUGAACGAAAUUCUGUACGAUAAAUCCAGAGAGGAUUAUAGGAACAGGGAGAGAAAACGGAACCUGCUGGAGACGAAGGCUGCGGAGUUUCCCGGGUGUUCAUGUGAGUAUAUAUAACGAUAUAUCAGUUCAUCAACAGGAGAACCAUUUAAUGUUAUUCAAUAAUUUAAAACAUACAAGGAUAUAUAUGUAAAAGUGCAGUUGUUGCAGUUAAAUUAAACAUCUCUUAUAAGUCUGUUUGUGCCCUGCAGCUGCGAAGUGAAAAAGUCGCAGACAGCUUUUACACUCUCUGUGUUUGCAGUUGGAAUCAUGUCUCCCUAAGUCAUAAAAUAAAUUAUGCAUGCAUGAGGGCAGGCAAUUCUCACUUGUAAUGUUUGUCUUAAAAAGGGCCAUCUGUAUUUACAAACUUGUGCUCAGGUUUCCAAGAAGCACAAGAAUCAGCAGAUUAAAUGCGGAGGGCAGGCUCUUAAACACGCCUCUAUUUACUGUCCAGAACUUUUAAUGGAACUGAAUACAUCAAUGCUUUUAAGUUAUUUUUAAUUCCAUCACUGUACUGUAAUGCAGAUGACCAACUCAUGCAAUGGUUCACUAAUCAGAGGACCAUCUAUGGAAAGGUCACCGCACUUGGGACCAAAACAGGGUCAGCUGGCAGCAAACUGACAGAGAGGAAUAGGUGGAUCGAGGAGAAGUGGAGGUUCCUAUCAGGGCAUAUUGUGCGUGUAGUGACCAGGACUAGCGCACCCAAGGAACGACACAUCAUUGACCAUGCGUCCAAUGAUCCUGCGGAAGGGACUUCCGCGCCGAGACCAUCCACCAGCCAACAGCACCGCAGUAGGCCAAUGUCCAGUAUUGACCUCACCACACCCGGAAGUGCUGAAGAAGGAACAGAUGGGAACAUCAUGAGAAGUCUCAAUAACAAUGUUCGAGACGGUUUACAGUUGUUGGAGGAAGGGCGCCUGAGAACGAACCCCGUAACGCAGAGGACAGUAGACUUCUGUUCAGCUAUUAUGGAAGCAGAUAUUUCGGAAGAACUCUGGGAUUUUUUAUGGAUUAUGAUCAAUGGGGCAAUCGCGUUUCGAAAUAAAAAGUUAAUUAAAGCACGUGCAUCUGAGGCGCAGCGUCAACUGGUUCCUCAGCCUCGCCCGCCUCACUUCUAUCAUCAGUAUGCAGAUAGGAGAUAUGGGACGCCACGUGCAAUGGGAGAACAGCCACAAUUCCGUGAUGAACAGAGACACUCACCAUCACCACUGAUUUUUACAGAACAGCAGCCUGGUAGAAAUUCACCUUUGCCUUUUGUUUACGGAGAGGGCCGUGCACAAACACCAUCACAAGAAGGGACAGAUGGUUUCGCUGACUCGGACUUUGAGAAUUAUUAA